AUGGAACAAAAUGGUGUUUGGGCAAAUUCCAAAGCAAUUCAAGAGAAAAGGGAGACUCUUAGGAAUCUGGUCUGUAGAGAUAGAAAUGGCAGCUUGGGCAGUGAAAUCAAUAUAUUAAGAAAGGAGAUUAAUGAGUUAUUGGAUAGUGAAGAAAUUAAGUGGCAUCAGAGAUCAAAGGUGCAAUGGUUAGGCCUUGGAGGUCGAAAUACGAAAUACUUCCACACUAGAGCUUCAGAUAGAAGAAGGAAAAAUACUAUUAGCUGUAUUAUGGAUGAAAAUGGAAAUUGGCAUGAUUCCAUUGAUGGUAUUGUGGAGGUGGCAGUGUCAUAUUUUAAAAAUAUAUAUUCUUCUUCCUACCUGACUCGCAUUUCGGAAGUUCUUGAUACUAUUCCAACAAAAGUCACGGAGGAAAUGAAUCAGCUCCUUAUUCAAGAAUUCACAAGGGAGGAAGUUGAGAUAGCGCUAAAUCAAAUGCAUCCAACAAAGGCCCCAAGUCCGGACACAAAUAGUCAAGAAUGCCAAAAUCUUAUUGAUAUCCUCCAGUUAUAUGAAGCUGCAUCGGGUCAGAAAAUCAAUGCGGAUAAAUCUUCAGUCUUUUUUAGUAACAAUACCCCGGAUGAUAGAAGAAAUGAAGUGUUGAAUAUGUUGGGUCCUAUGCAAGAUACCUACCAUAAAAAAUACCUUGGCUUACCCUCAAUCAUUGGUAAGUCAAAAGUUGAAAUUUUUGCUGAAAUCAAAGAGAGGGUGGAGAGGAAAUUAUCAGGGUGGAAGGAGAAAAUGCUAUCAACCCUUAAUGAUAUAGCAAAUGAUAGAAACAACUUCCAGUUGGUAGGUCAUCCUUUAGAGACACGGGUUGUGACUAGGGGUAGGGACCAAACCCACUCAUUUGUAACCGAAGAAGAAGUUAUCGGGAGAGAAGGGGAUAAGAAGGCCAUCAUUGAUCUGUUAUUGGACUUUGAUGUGGAAGAGAACGUUUCGUUCAUAUCCAUAGUGGGAAUCGGUGGCCUGGGGAAGACCACACUUGCCCAAUAUGUGUACAAUGAUGAGAAAGUCAAAACUUAUUUUGAGUUGAAGAUGUGGGUGUGUGUCUCCGACAUCUUUGAAUUAAAAAUAAUUUUUGAAAAGAUCAUUGCAUCUGCAAUUGAUAAAAAACCUGAAAACUUUGAAAUGGAUCAAUUGCAAAAUAAACUUCGCCAAAAUCUCAACCAAAAGAAGUACCUACUUAUAUUGGAUGAUGUUUGGAAUGAAGAUAAGGAAAGUUGGUGUGAAUUGAAAAGACUUUUAAUGGGUGGUGCAAAAGGAAGUAAGGUGGUAGUAACUACUAGGACCAAACUGGUUGCGAAAAUUACUAGCACAAUCUCACCAUAUUUUUUAGAAGGCCUAUCAAAGAGUCAAUCUUGGUUGUUAUUGAAGCAAAUGGCAUUUAAAAAAGAGCAAGAGACUGUUGAUCCUAACCUUGAAGCAAUUGGAAUGGAAAUUGUAGAAAAUUGCCAAGGAGUGCCUCUUGCUAUAAAGACAAUUGGGAGGGUCUUAUACUUCAAAAACACAAAAGAUGAAUGGUCAUAUAUAAAAAAUAAUGAACUUACAAAUGUAACUCAAUCAAAGAAUGGUGUUUUACCGGUUCUAAAAUUGAGUUAUGAUCAUCUUCCAUCACAUUUGAGGUGUUGUUUUGCAUAUUGUUCACUAUUUCCCAAAGAUUAUUUGAUUGAUAAGCUGACAUUGAUACAACUAUGGAUAGCACAAGGAUUUAUUCAAUCACCAGAGGAAAACUUACAAUUAGAGGAUGUUGCCAAUGAGUACUUCAUGGAUCUAAUUUGGAGAUCCUUUUUCCAAGAAGCAGAAGAAGAUGAAGGCAUGAAUAUGAAGUUUAAAGUGCAUGAUUUAAUUCAUGAUCUUGCACAAUUAGUAUCAAGAAUUGAAUGUGCAUUGGUUGAUUCUAAUGCAAAAAAUUGUCAAUGA